AUGGGGAAUGAAAUAAUUCCAUACGAUCAAAUUCAACGUCCGAAUCCAGUAAUAAUGGAGGCUGAAAUAAUUCAACAGGUUCAGGUUGAAGAUGAGGAUCCUGAUCAUUGGAGAAUUAAGAAAGUGUUGAAAAAAAGUGAUGUUGAUGGUUCCUCGAGACUGUUGAUCGGAAGAAACCGAGUGUUGACACAUAUUGUAUCUUUCUUUACAAACGAUCCGUCUGAAUUUUGCCAGAAUAAUGAGGGACUAAGGGUCAGAGUUUUUGAUGUCAAUACGCGUACAGAGCACAUGCUGACGCUUAAAAAAUGGAAGACUAAGAGUUUUGUACUGUUGGAUAAAUGGAAGAAACACUUUAUGAACAGGAGGAAACUCAAGGAGAACGAUGAGGUGGGGCUUAGAUGGGAUGUUAACUCUUCAAGAUUGGAAUUUACUGUGCUUAGAAGGCACCAGCAUGAGGAAUGA